AUGGCCUACGUCCCGGCACCGGGCUACCAGCCCACCUUCAACCCGACGCUGCCUUACAGGCAGAUCAUCCCGGGCGGCCUCAGGGCCGGGAUGUCCGUGUACAUCCAGGGAGAGGCUGACGAUCACAUGAAGAGGUUCUCCGUGAACUUCACCACGGGGCAGGACCCGGAGGCGGACAUCGCCUUCCACUUCAACCCCCGCUUCGACGGCUGGGACAAGGUGGUCUUCAACACCAAGCAGGGCGGCAAAUGGGGCAGCGAGGAGAAGAAGAGGAGCAUGCCCUUCAAAAAGGGCGCCUCCUUCGAGAUGGUGUUCAUGAUCUUCCAGGAGCACUACAAGGUGGUGGUGAACGGAAGCCCCUUCUAUGAGUACGGCCACCGGAUCCCCCUGCAGUUGGUCACCCACCUGCACGUGGAUGGGGACCUGAGCCUCUACUCCAUCAACUUCCUCGGCGGCCAGCCCGCCCCAAGCCAGGGUCACGGGCACACCCAGAUGCCAAGCAACCCCCUACCACCGAGCAAUCUGCCCACCAUGGAGGGACCUCCAGUCUUCAACCCACCUGUGCCAUACACAGGGAGACUGCAGGGGGGGCUCACAGCCCGAAGAACCAUCAUCAUCAAGGGCUUCAUACCCCUCUACGGCAAGAGCUUUGUCAUCAACUUCAAGGUGGGGUGCACCGGAGACCUGGCUCUGCACUUUAACCCCCGCCUGAGUGAGGGCACCCUGACUCGGAACAGCUACCUGAGAGGCUCGUGGGGAUCAGAGGAGAGAAGCAGCACCUUCAACCCGUUUCGGCCCGGACAAUACUUCGACCUGUCCAUCCGCUGCGGCCUGGAUCGCUUCAAGCUCUACGCCAACGGCCAGCACCUCUUUGACUUCGCCCACCGGCUGACAGCCUUCCACACGGUGGACACCUUGGAGGUCCUGGGCGACGUCACCUUGUCCUACGUCCAGAUCUGA